GACUCACGACUCACAACUCACAACUCACAACUCACAACGACACUACGAACACCGUCAUGGCCACGACGUUGGCGCAACACGCUGGCAAGUUCUUUCUCCUCGCCGGAGCAGGAUACACUACCACGUUCCUGAUCAACAACGGUAAACUAUCGGUUGUGCUUGGCGAAUUGCGGUCAUCUGUCAUGGGAAUAGAAAAACGUGGGGAGCAAUCAGAUGAUUACUCUGAUCCUGUUGUUGCUCAGGUGCGUCGCUUGGCAAUGGAGGUUAGGCAGUUGGCCUCAGCGCGGCAGAUAACUGUUUUCAACAGGGAUUCUGAAGUUAAGUUAACGUCUCUCUUAGCCCCAGCUGCUGCCUUGGGAGCAUUUGGUUAUGGUUACAUGUGGUGGAAAGGCAUUUCAUGCAAAGAUCUUUUGUGGGUAACAAAGCAUAAUAUGGCUGCUGCUGUUGAGAACUUGUCAAAACAUCUGGAAUCUGUGUCAUCUGCUUUAUCUGAAGCAAAGCAGAAGUUGACAGAACGAAUUAAAAAACUUGGUGUUGGAAUAGAAGAACAAAAGAAAGUCUGGGGAGAUAUUCAAGCAAGUGUGGAGGCAACUGACGAUACUCUUUCUGAUGCUAAAUAUAAUUUGGAUAAGCUGCAUGCUUUGAUUUUUGGUUUGGAUGGGAGAUUAGACUCAUUGGAAGAGAAGCAGGAUUUUAUGAUUGAAGGUGUCAAUUUUGUGGCUGAAAAGUUGGGUGGGAAGAAUAUUCAAAUGCCCGAUGAUCUGCUGAUUGAAUCUAGUUGGAAUGAACAGUUUAAACUUAUUAGUAACUCUCGUAAUUUACUCCCAUAUUUUGAGACUCCUUCCAUAAAGGUACCGUUUUUUUUUUAAAUAGUUAAUUUGAUCCUGUUUGUCUUCAGUGGCAGGGCAUAAGAUAUUUGUUUUUAGGGGCCAAGAACAUUAGUUUUAGUAAACAUUUUGUAAAAUUACAUUGAAGAAGGAAUUUACAAACUGAUGAGCUACUUCCUUUUUUCUUUUUUUUGGCAGAGUUAGGGGUUUGAACCUCUGCAGGGUUUCAUUGCUACUAUUGAUUUAUUGAAUUCACUGUUUUAUGAUUGUGUUGAUACCCUAAUAUACACACUACAUCUUUGAGUUCAUGUUUAUCUAGACCACUAGCAUAUACUACUAUUCUAGCUAAAGGCAAGGAAACUCUUCGCUUGUUUAUCACUGUUUAUGAAACUGGCACUUGUUUUCUUACAGGGUCUGAAAGAUGUUGUGGAUUCUUUAACUGAAAGCAUAAAUGAUUCUAAGAUAGAUGCUUUAAUGCAAGAUGGUAUUGAUGGUUUGGAUAACAAGGAUAACAAGGAGAGAACCCUACAAAGGUUUGUAAUUUCAACACCAUAGAAGUUUCUGUCACUAAUCUUGUUUCUUUUCAGCUGAGAGAAAAUUGCAGAUAGAAGACUAUAUAGUCCUAAAUACAUGUUUUGACAGACAUGCUUACCCAAGUUGAAAUUUGCAGGGCUGUUUCAAACAGAUGGAAAUCAAAGUCUUUGAGAGGAUUUACAACAGAAUCCUGUGAGUAUAGAAAAUGGGAAGUAAAUUAACCAUGGGAUAUUGGUUAACAUCAUUUUUUUUUUCCCCUUUCACCCGUUGAAAUUUUAGAUUCUUACUUCCUCAUGCCUAGUUAUUAAACAAGAUCGAUUCUUGUACAAAGUUGAUGAUUAAAGAAAAAUGACUUGUAAAUUAUAAAAUUUUGGUUGCUUACGUGCAAAGCAUAGUUAGGUGAUUAAUGCAUUAACAAAGUUGUUCGGAUACA